AUGUCUAUUGUUUUGCUCUGGGACCUUGAUCUAGGUAACAUCGAAGCUUCCCAUUAUGUCCAACUACGUGCUGCUUCUCCGUUACCACCUCCACCACUACCCCCGCUUCCCGGGACCUCCUUCCCAGGCUCACACUCUAUUGGGAGCUCUCACGUCUGA